AUGAGAAAGACAGCGAAUGGCAGAAUCGCUGCUGGUGCUGCUGCCCCUGCAUCUUCUGCACGUCACAAGUCUUCAUCGCCUGUUAAUAAUGGCUACUAUGAUGACUAUAAGUCGUCUGCGAAAGCUAGAAAGAGCAGUGGCAGUGCUGCUGCGGCCGCCGCUGCCAUGGACUAUGAGUCCAGUGACGAUGACAGGCACUUUAAGAGGAAACCCUCUAGGUAUGAGCCGUCACCAACACCGCCAGUAGAAUGGGAGGAGGAUGUUAAGCAUUCAAGAAGGGAAAUGGAGCGGAAGCAUAGAUAG